AUGCUACCGACGGUAAAUGAUGUCCGAGAAGGUUUCAUAUGUCCACAGUGUCAUCUGGACAUGUCAACGAUGGAAAUGUUACACGUACAUUUUCAAGAUGUGCAUAUGAAACAAUCUUCGUCGACUGUCAAAGGCUUAUUGUCAUUCGCCAAACAAAAGAUAAAAAGUGUUCAAGAUAAUUUCACUACAAUUCCCAAUGAACAAUCGAAUAUUUAUGCACAAUAUUUUUCAAUUGAUCCAUACGACUCUUCUACAAAACAACAACAGCAACAACAUUCACCCAAUGGAUAUAUUUGUUCGCACAAUGAAGCAUUUAAAAAGUUUCGAAAGAAUAAACACGAUCAGAUGUCUCUGGAAACAACUUGUCUACUGCUUCGAUUGGAACGAUUGACAAGUACCGAAGAGAGUGUACCGAAAAGUUCUAAUCCAAAAGAACGGCGAAAAUACGAACAACGUAUUGUUGAUUGGUUAGAUGAUUCUAAAGUAUCGUUAUGUCCAUCAUGUGCAAAAUCAUUCGGAUUGUCUAGACGCAAACAUCACUGUCGUCUAGAUGGAUUCGUCAUAUGCAACGAAUGUUCGCAAUUUCUUCCAUUUUCAAUGGCUCGAUACUUAAUUGAACCAAAUACACCAUCAUCAUCAUCAGGACUCUUGAAUAAAUCAACGACGAACGGUGUGACUCUUCAACGGUCGAAUAGUUUAACCAGUGUAACAUCAACGGCUGGUGUCGAUGAUCCAAAUUUGAGUUUAAAAGAUGGAGGAAGUCAUGAAGAGUAUCUUCGUAUUUGCCGAUCAUGUCAACAAAUCUUACAGCGACGUUACGAUCAAAUUCGUUUCAAAAAAACGGAUAAAGAUGAAGUUUUAGUGCGCUAUGAAAAAAUUAUCGAAGCUCAGAAUGAACUGGGAAAAAUUCAUCCAACAUAUUCAGCAAUUGUUGAAUCUCUUUUAACCGGAGAGACUAAACAUCAAUUGAUUGAUGGUCAGCGAUUAUAUCGUCGAAUAACAUCGUGUUACGAAACGAUUGAUUCAACAUCUAAAUAUAUCGCAAAGCUAGGCGAAUCUUGUCCAAACAUAGAUGAAAACGAUACAUCAUCUCAAAUUCGUUACUCUGCGCUUUGUCGAAAUAUUCGAAUGUAUGCAAUACAUCUUCUACAAAACUAUUCCAUUUCAACACGUCGUCUGCCGAGUGACGAUGACGUUCAACGUGCACGUGAAGAGCGUAUUCGAUUACUUGAGGAACGAAAUGAAUCUGAACGUUUAGCAAAAGUCGAAUUAGCAUCGCGAGUUGGUCCUCUUGAUUCUCCGACACGAGUGAAAACAGAAGUGUCUGGUUGGAGACCAACCGUUGAUCGUAAUAUAUUAGUACAAGCCCAGGAACUUAAUCCACUUGUUCAACAAGUCUAUCAAGUAACGGAAUAUAUCCGACAAGCUCGAAUAGCUGGACGUGAUGACGAAGUCAAAUCAUUGGAAAAUAAUUUGAAGGAACUCGAACAAGCUCUUAACAAUGCUCAACAAACAUUUGAUUCCUAG